AUGUGGGGAUUUGCUUCAAAUGCCAUCGCCAGCAUUGGGCUCAAAAGGAGUCCAAAACCUAGAGAGCCGAUUCAGGAUCAUUCUGAGUGUUCAGACGACGAUGGCUGUUCAAAUGCUAGCAAGGAUGAAGAAGGAUUGGAAUGCCCAAUUUGUUGGGAGUCCUUCAACAUUGUUGAGAAUGUACCUUAUGUGUUAUGGUGUGGACAUACCCUCUGCCAGAACUGUGUCUUGGGGCUUCAGUGCACUAACUGGCAGUUCCAUGGUCAGCAGUUUAAGGUGCCUUUCCUCAUUUCAUGCCCCUGGUGCCACAUGGUAUCGCUCCGAGUGUUGUACAACCGAAGCCUGAGGUUCCCCCGCAAGAACUUCUUUCUUCUGUGGAUGGUUGAGAGGUUGAAUGAUGAUAGAGGGAAAGUUAUUACCUCUUCGUCGUCGUCUUCUGCUUUGGUUGAUCAACCUGUUUGGUCUUCGAGUAAUGAAGUGGUCAGGAGGACUGGGCAGAAUCAAUGGUUGGACUUUGGAGGGCAUGGUCGUGGUGGUAGAGGAGGUGACAAUAAUGUGGGGAGGCAGCAGCAGCUUUUCUCCUUGCACAAGUCGCUCGACCUUUUCAUUCACUUCACUUCCAAGUUCCCAUUGGCGAUUGUAUUGCUUCUGGUGGUGUUUUUCGCCAUUCCCAUCAGCUCGGCGAUCUUGAUUCUCUACUUUAUUGUCACUGUUGUUUUUGCCAUACCAUCUUGCUUGGUGUUGUACUUUGCUUACCCUACUUUGGCUAGGCUUGUUUCCGAGAUAGUUUCUUGA